AAAAUAGAUUAAAAAAGUGAACUAUAUAAAAAAUCAAAAUUUACGUGUUGUCCGUCGUGUGCGCAAAAAGAUUUGUUUCGAAAUUCAAACAAUUGAAGCAAUCAACAACUAGCCAUAAAAUCCAUUAACUUAUUAACAUAUAUUUAGAGCUAUACAAGAUGACCAAAGUGGAGCUUUAUAAAUCGCGUGUCUUUGUGACAAUCAUUCAUCUGUGUGCGCUGGGACAAUUUGCCUAUGGACUCUAUUACAGCAGCUUUGAGGUGCAACGUAGCUAUAAAUUAAAGACGAGCUUCAGUCGUCGCUUGGUGCCGGAAACUUUUCCACAGAAACUGAGAUUUCUCAGCUAUUGGUCGCUGAUAAUACAAGCACUGUAUUACAUUGUCUCCCUCGUUAAUGAUUUUGUGGGCACAAAUGAGCUGGUUCCAAGGCGAGCGCCCGCUAUACGCCAAUUCAAGGAUUGGCUGCUGUCUACACUGGCUUUUCCAGUAGCCCUGAAUGUGGGCAUAACAUUCUGGACUCUCUAUGCUAUCGAUCGUGAGCUAGUUUUCCCCAAGGUGUUGGAUCCUGUGUUCCCAAGCUGGCUCAAUCAUGUUUUGCAUACAAAUAUUGUUGUCUUCAUUGUCCUGGAGAUGUUUACGUCAUAUCGUGCUUAUCCAUCACGCGCCAAGGGCUUAACUGGUCUGGCCAUCUUUAUGGGCAGCUAUCUAGUCUGGAUCCAUAUUAUCAAGCACUACUCCAAUGUUUGGGUGUAUCCUGUUUUAGAAGUCCUGCAGUUGCCACAGCGUAUUGUAUUCUUUGUUGCUGUGCUCGGCUUCACCUUUGCUCUGUAUCUGCUCGGAGAGUUCAUCAACAAUGUGGUUUGGGCCAAGGAGGUGAAACUCUCGCAGCGCAAAUCCAACUAGGCUGUGUAUGUCUUUAAAAAUCCCCUCAAAUAGUCAAUAAAAAGAUAACAAAUAAUAAAUUUUACACGAAUUGAGAACUUAAUUAAAUUGUUGUUAUCUAAUGCCACACACGAACUCUUUAGUAAAUUGGCUAAAUAGCGUUUCAAGUAUUAGAUUGCACUUUUGCAAAUUGCAAGUUCGAGUAUGCGUUGUUUAAAUUGUAUUAGAUGAGCAUCAUUAAUUUAUUGCCUAAUAAUUCAUAUCAAAUGCAAAUGCAAAAGCACAGCAAAACAAACAACUUAAAAC